AAUGAAAUAGAUAUUGCAAUAAUUACAAAUAUUUUAGGAGUUGGGAAUUAUUUCUGUAAUCAAAGACUUUGUUACAAAAUCAGACUCUAUAAAGACUCCAAAUUCAGUAAUGUCUAACACACGCGCGCGCGCCUAAGCAAUCAUUCCGUCCCUGAUCUCUCUCUGCUUAAACAGGAAAAAAUAAAUCACAGCCAGCCUCCCUAAUAAUACUUUCUUCAAACGGCAAUCUGUUAUUAUUCCCAAAUAAAUAAUUAAUUGAAAAGCAAAAAUUUUUACACUCAUAAAUCUCUUUCUCUCAUUGAUCUCUGAAUUUUGGAGCUGUACACCAGGUUUUCUUCAUGGGUGCUAAAUCAGUUGAGGAUAUGAUAGAGGCAUCAUCAGGAGUUCAUUUUUCUGGGUUUCAUAUGAAUGGUUUGGAGUUGAGAAAUACACAGGUGGGGCAACCGACGACGCUGGCAGCUGAAGAGAUGCAUAAGCAACCCUUUGUCAUUGGAGUUGCUGGUGGAGCGGCUUCUGGGAAGACUACAGUUUGUGAUAUGAUUAUUCAACAGCUUCAUGAUCAGCGUGUGGUGCUUGUUAACCAGGAUUCUUUUUAUCAUGAUCUGACUGAAGAGGAACUUACAAGAGUUCAUGAGUAUAACUUUGACCAUCCUGAUGCAUUUGACACUGAGCAACUAUUAUGUGCUAUGGAGAAGUUGAGGCAUGGGCAAGCAGUAGAUAUUCCAAAAUAUGACUUCAAGAGUUACAAAAACAAUGUUUUUCCAGCAAGAAGGGUCAAUCCUUCAGAUGUUAUAAUCCUGGAAGGCAUUCUAAUUUUCCAUGAUCCUCGCGUUCGAGAGUUGAUGAACAUGAAGCUAUUUGUUGAUACAGAUGCUGAUGUACGUCUGGCAAGGAGAAUAAGGCGUGAUACUGUUGAGAAGGGUAGAGAUAUUGGCACAGUACUUGAUCAGUACUCAAAAUUUGUGAAGCCUGCUUUUGAUGACUUCAUACUCCCAACAAAGAAGUAUGCUGACAUCAUCAUUCCUCGCGGGGGAGAUAAUCAUGUAGCCAUUGAUUUGAUUGUGCAACAUAUUUGUACGAAGCUUGGCCAACAUGACAUGUGUAAAAUAUAUCCCAACUUAUAUGUCAUUCAAUCAACUUUUCAGAUACGCGGUAUGCAUACCCUAAUACGUGAUUCCCAGACAACAAAACAUGACUUUGUUUUUUAUGCUGACAGAUUGAUUCGUUUGGUUGUUGAACAUGGUCUGGGACAUCUACCAUUUACAGAAAAGCAGGUGACCACUCCCACUGGGUCUGUUUACACUGGUGUGGAUUUUUGUAAGCGGUUAUGUGGUGUCUCCAUUAUUAGGAGUGGCGAGAGUAUGGAGAAUGCUCUACGAGCAUGUUGUAAAGGCAUCAAGAUUGGGAAGAUUCUUAUUCAUAGGGAAGGUGACAAUGGUCAGCAGCUUAUCUAUGAAAAGUUACCACAAGAUAUCUCGGAUAGACAUGUGUUGCUAUUGGAUCCCAUUCUAGGGACAGGCAAUUCAGCUGUUCAGGCUAUUUCUUUACUCAUUAGCAAGGGUGUGCCAGAAUCCAAUAUCAUUUUUCUUAAUCUCAUAUCUGCACCCCAGGGAGUGCAUGUGGUCUGCAAAAGAUUCCCAAGAAUAAAGAUUGUAACGUCUGAGAUUGAAACUGGCUUGAAUGAAGAUUUCCGUGUCAUACCUGGCAUGGGUGAGUUUGGAGAUAGAUAUUUUGGCACAGACGACGACGACGACGAACUAGUGGUGGCCCAUACACAAUAGAGAUAUUAAGGGCUGCGCUGAUUAAUCUGCAGAGAGCGAGCAGCCGAAACUGCUGGACUCUUUAUGUGCUGAGUUGUGCGAUUUCAGUUUUGAACAAAUUUUGACUCAAAUCAAACCUAUAGUUUCUUCCUUCCAUUUCUAUAUGUUUAUUUUUUAAUAAACAAAACUGAGUCACAGAGGAGGUGUUUGAUUCUCUGUCACCACCUUAGUUCUAUUUGCAGAGGGUUUCUCCAAGGAAAAAAAAGUGCAAUAAAUCCACAACCAAAAAGUUACUCGGUUUGCAUGGCUCAGAGGAAAGUGAUUGGUGAUUACAGGCACCUACUCGGAACUUGAUGGUGACAGCCUCCCCAUUAAUAUAUGUAUCUGUGAACCCAGAUAUUUUAUAUCAUAUGUGGUGAUAAAAUUUUAUGGUGAACCUUUAUUUUGGUUCAGCUAGGUUUGAAUA